AUGAAAAAAGUAGACCCUGGGGAAAAUGGAGAAUCUGAGGAAAAAGAAGACCCUGGGGAAAAUGGAGAAUCUGAGGAAAAAGAAGACCCUGGGGAAAAAGGGGAACCUGAAACUAGAGUACUUAGGGAAAAAUUACUUGCGAAAGAAAACCUCCUACCAUUAUUGGAUGACUUAUUAUACAACACAGUCACUUGGCCAUUCCAGUAUUCUGGAUCGCUUAUAUUAUUAUUGGCCAUGAACAUGAUUUAG